ACUUAGACCCUUAAUAAUUUCCACAGCACUGUAGCUCACUCAGAGCUCAUCAGUAAACCAAAACAAGGUGUUAGCGAUGGCCGAUGUUAGAGCAGCUCAUCACAAAACUUCAUCUUCCAAUACUGCAUCUCCUUUUCCCAGUAGGUAUCAUGUGUUCUUGAGUUUCAGGGGCCAAGACACUCGCAAGACUUUUACCGAUCACCUCUAUACAGCCUUUAAGGACCAAGGCUUUCGCACAUUCCUAGAUGACGAUGAACUCGAGAGAGGGGAAGAUAUUAACCCGGGACUUGAGAAAGCCAUUCAACAGUCGCGAAGUUCUGUCAUUGUGUUCUCAAAAGAUUACGCGUCUUCCAGGUGGUGCCUUAACGAGCUGUUGAUGAUCCUUGAACGCAAGAGGACCUCAGAUCAUGUAGUUUUACCAGUCUUCUACAACGUGGAACCAUCCCAAGUGAGGAAGCAGACGGGAAGUUUUGGGGAGGCAUUUGCCAGACACCAAAAGACUCAAUCGUUGGACAAGGUGAAAGAAUGGAAGGACGCACUUACGAAAGUUGCAGAUCUUGGAGGGAUGGUCUUACAGAACCAAGAUGACGGGUAUGAGUCAAAGUUUAUUAAAACAAUUGUUAAAGAGAUAGGUGACAAGCUUAGUCGUACACCACUAAGUGUUGGCUUCAACCUGAUUGGAAUCCAUUCUCGAGCCUACGAAAUUAAUCAAUGGAUACAAGAUGGAUCAAAUGGUAUCGGUAUACAUGUAAUUUUUGGGAUGUCUGGAAUAGGGAAGACAACAGUUGCAAAACAUGUCUAUAAUGCAAACUUCAGAAGAUUCGAAGGAAGUAGUUUCAUCGAAAAUAUUAGAGAAACCUCAGAACAAACCAAUGGCCUAGUUAAAAUACAAAAACAACUCCUUAAUGAUAUUUUGAAUGGAAGAGAAGUGAAACUACGAAAUGCUAGCGAGGGGAAAAUUAAGAUUGAGGAUGCCAUAAGCUGUAAAAGAGUUCUUCUUGUUCUUGAUGACGUGGAUCAUAUGGACCAAUUUGAUGCAGUACUUGCGAUGCAAGAUCGAUUUUAUCCAGGAAGUAAAAUCAUCAUAACAACUAGCCGUGCAACGCUACUAAAGGCUCAGGGAGUUAGUGGGGUGCAUUAUGUUCAAGCUUUGGAUGAUAGUGAAUCAUUGAAGCUCUUUAGUUGGCAUGCUUUUCGACAAGAUCAUCCUAUUGAAGGUUACAUGGAACAUACUAAAAAGUUUGUACGCCACAGCGGGGGGCUUCCAUUAGCUCUUCAAGUUUUGGGUUCUUCUCUAUUCAGAGAAAAUAUAGAUGUUUGGGAAAGUGCAUUAAGAAAGUUGGAAGCAAUUCCGAAUAGUGAAAUCAUGCAUAAACUCAGAAUUAGUUACGAUGCAGUAGAUAAACAUGAUCAGGAAGUGUUCCUCCACAUUGCUUGUUUCUUUAUUGGAAAUGAUAAAGAUUACACUGUUGGAAUACUAGAUGAAUGUGACUUGCACACAACUAUUGGCAUUAUAAAUCUCAUUGAUAGAUGCUUAGUAGCAAUUGACGGCAAUAACAAGGUAGUGAUGCAUGACGUGGUUCGUGAUAUGGGAAGAGGAAUUGUUCGCUUAGCAGCAGAGGAGCCCCGGAAACGUAGUAGAUUAUGGCAUCACAAGGACUCUAUGAGAGUAUUGAGAGAAAAGAAUGGUACCAAAAGAAUUGAAGGUUUUGAAUUAAACUUGCAAAGGCACCUUGGAGUUACUACCCCUUCAACUAUCCCGAACAAUUUUGUCGUCGAAACCAGUGCAUUUGCAAGGAUGCACAAACUAAAACUGCUCCGGCUCAGUCAUGUACAUCUCACUGGAUGCUAUGAAGAAUUUCCUACAGAAUUGAGAAUGUUGUGUUGGAUUGCAUUUCCUUUGGAUUCUAUACCUAUUAAUUUUCAUUUGGAGAACCUAGUUGUUCUGGAAAUGCAGUAUAGCAGCUUGAGACAAAUCUUGAAUGGAACAAAGUGUUUUCCAUCCAUGAAGAUCCUUGAUCUCAGCCAUUCUCAUGACCUUAUUGCAGCUGUUGACUUCUCUCUAUGUCUGAAUCUAGAGAAACUGAUACUUCUAGAGUGUGAAGGCUUGAUUGAUGUCCAUGAAUCCAUUGGAAAGCUAGGCAGACUUGUUUAUUUGAAUAUGAAAGAUUGCAAAAGUCUUAGGAGACUCCCAAAGACCAUUGGUACGCUAAAGCGACUUGACACACUUAUUCUAUCUGGUUGUUUAAAUCUUAACAACUCUUCAAUUGAGAUGAUUAGGGGCAUGGAGUCUCUGAAAGUGCUUGAAUUGGAUAGAAUUCCAAUAAGUCAAUUAUUCACUCUCUGUGGGGAGGUCAAAUUAGAGAGUUACUUACCAUUCUCUUUACUAUCUUUAAGUCUCAAGGGGUGCAAUCUUUCUGAUGAUUCUUUUCCUGUGGAUUUUGGUAGCCUAUCCUUACUGAGAAGUUUAGAUCUAAGUGAUAAUCCAAUUUGUGGCCUACCAAAUUGCGUCAAGGGACUGACAAUGCUAGAUGAACUCUCUUUUUCCAACUGUUUGAGCCUCAAAUCCCUUUUAGGGCUACCAAAAGUAAAUUUUAUGUUGAGUUUGGGUGAUUGCAAAGCAUUGGUAAAAAUAACAUAUCAGUCAAGGUUUGGCACACCAUACCAAUGGGAUAAGAACCACAGCCUAGUUGACUGGGAAUACAAAUAUAAGUUAGAACCCAUUGGAAGAGUUGAUGUAGAAAUACUUAACCUUUUGGGCUUGAGAAACUUGGACUUCGAAAUCAUGCCAACCAUUCGGAUAUGUAAACCAUUUCAAGGUUAUGAAAUAUUUCAUCAUGGUGGAAUCCAGGGACUGCAUGAGUAUGAUUGUACAAACUCUUACUUCAAAGGAAAUGCAAGAAAGAUAGAUAUGUUCAGCACAUUUCUUCCUGGGAAUGUGGUUCCAGGCCAUUUCACCCAUAAAAGUAAAGAACCCUCCUCAAUAUCAUUUAUAGUGCCUUUGCCUUCACUUCCCGGUCUUAGAAUUCGAGGCUUUAACAUCUUCAUUGUCUAUGCAAUUUCUGAUGAUGUCGAUGACAAAAAUUAUUACUGGCCUAGUAAUGAACGUGACAAGGGUGCAGUAUCUAUUAAAGUCGAAAAUGAGAGCAACGAUGACAACUGGGAUUAUAGUCCAGUAUUCCAUGCUAUUCCAGGGAAGGGAGAAGACAUGACAUGGUUAAGCCAUUGGAAUAUGAAAAAUCAAGUCAAAGGUGGGGAUCAAAUGGCUGUUUCAUUCCAGGUACAAUUUAGUACAUUUUUGUUUCUGGUAAAAGAGUGGGGAAUCCAGGUUGUACAGGAGAAGCAAGAGGAUAAGACGUAUACCGACCUCAACAGUACCACCAAUGCUAAUUGUAAUCCGUGUGCCACUGGCGGAGAUAUGUCAAGCUCUGAUGAGCCAUUGCCAGGACCAUACUUGCUCUCCUAUGAACCUCAUGCAGUGGAAGCAGAUAAUUGUAAUCCCUGUGGCACUGAUGGAGAUAUGUCAAGCUCUGAUGAACCAUUGCCAGGACCAUACUUGCUCUCCUAUGAACCUCAUACAGUGGAAGCAGAUAAAGAUAAAAAAGGAGAUGAAGAAGAGGCAGAGGGUGAUCUUUUUCCUGCAUCAGCAAUGAGGACUGGCAGCAACAGCCGCGAGCGGGGUUUCAGAAAGUGGAAGGUGCUUAUCAUUGCCGCUGUCAUCCUUGCUGCUGCCAUCAGUGCCGCUCAUCAUUUUGAGGACCCUGAUCUCGACACAAAUCUAUCUAAAACUGUCACUAAUCCAGAAGAAGAGGAUGAAGAUCAAACACUUGGAGCAGCAGCUAGCACUGAUGGCAGUAACAACGGCACGCAGGGACUCAGAAUGCGGAAGAUGCUCAUCAUUGCCGCUGUCUUCUUUAUUCUCUCUUUAUCUGUUCACUGGCUCUUCUCUUUCUCCGGUAGAGAGAGAUCCAUGUCGUCCAUUUUGGUACCUACAUGAAUGUAUUGUACGUGUUCAAAAUAUCUUGUGGGUACCUUCUAGCUCUCUCAGCUCCUUUUGAGUUAUGUACAAGUAAUCUCUGGUAGUGAGAUCUUUGGAUAUCAAUAUACCUUAUAAUUUUGUUCA